UUGUGGUAAGCGUAAGCAAGAAGGUAACGCGUAAGCAGCAAAUUGAAGAAAGCGGGGGUAGAUUCGAAAGAAGCACGACGAUCGAACUGAUUCGACCCGAAAAUUUCGAAAGCCCAUUUUCCCAUUCGAUCCGAAUUUCUAUACCCAUUUCUCAGUUUCCUAGAAAAUCUGGAAAAAACCGACAUUUUCCUCCAUGAUUCACGACAACAAGCUGCUUCCGAAGCGGAUCAUCCUUGUACGGCACGGCGAAUCCGAGGGGAAUCUGGACACGGCGGCGUACACGAGGACGCCGGACAACAAGAUCCCGUUGACGGAGUGCGGAAGGGUCCAGGCGCGUGAGGCAGGGGCGCGACUCCACGCGCUGAUCUCGUCGAACGCGUCGUCGCCGGAGUGGCGCUUGUUCUUCUACGUGUCGCCGUACGAGCGGACGCGAUCGACUCUCCGGGAGAUCGGUCGGUCGUUCUCGCGCCGCCGCGUGAUCGGGGUCCGCGAGGAGUGUCGGAUCAGGGAACAGGAUUUCGGGAAUUUCCAGGUUCAGGAGCGUAUGAGAGCGACGAAAAUGGCGAGAGAGAGGUUUGGUCGAUUCUUCUACAGGUUCCCGGAGGGCGAGUCGGCCGCCGACGUCUUCGAUCGCGUCUCCAGUUUUCUCGAGUCUCUAUGGAGAGACAUCGACAUGAACAGGCUGCACAUCGACCCGACACACGAGCUGAACCUAGUAAUCGUCUCGCACGGCCUAACUUCUCGUGUCUUUCUGAUGAAAUGGUUCAAGUGGACGGUGGAGCAGUUCGAGGGGCUGAACAAUCCCGGGAACAGUGAGAUCAGGGUAAUGGAGUCGGGAUACGGAGGAGAGUACAGUCUAGCUAUACAUCACUCGGAGGAAGAGUUACAGGCGUGGGGCCUGUCCCCAGAGAUGAUCGCAGACCAGAAAUGGCGGGUUCAUGCCCACAAAGGCGAGUGGAAUGAGCAUUCUCUGUGGAACUUUGGUCAAUUUUUCGAUCAUUUCACAGAUUCAGAUAAAGAAUGCGAGGAUGAGGCCGUAGAAGAAGAGGAGGAAGAGGAAGAAGAAGGAGCAAACCUGCAAACGGAUUCAGACGAGAACGGAAAAGAAUGCAAUGGGCAGUGUUGCUGAUUCAUCGAGGAGAAAAAUUAU